AUGGAAGUGUACUUUUUGUUGUUAUUAAUUUUUCUUAUUAAUUUGGGCUGUAUUGUCUCUGAGGCCAGUUUGAGAUAUGUAUUUAUAAUAGAAAACCAUGACUUGGAUCUAGCAGACCAAAUAGCUAAGGCGAUUAAAUUGUCAGAAGAAUCAAAGUCCGGUCUACAAAUAAAGGGCGAUUUGAUCGUUUUGGACAGAGACAAUGAAGAGGACGCGUAUAACAAAUUAUGCGCUUCGAUAUCAAGAGGAGUAUCAAUUAUCAUUGAUUUAUCGUGGUCACCGUGGGACACGAUUACGAAUUUAGGCCUACCGACAAUAAGAACAUCAUUAGAUUCGCAACAGCUUGUGACCGCAAUAGACAAAUAUUUGGAAUCAAGAAAUGCUUCAGACGCAGCUAUAUUAGUCGAAAGCGAAAGUGAUGUAGAUAGAACGUUAUACACCCUUCUCGGUAAUUCAAAUAUUCGAGUUUGGGUUCAUGCUGGUCUAACCAGAGAUUCUGCGAAAUCUCUGAGUAAAAUGCGUCCUGAACCAAGCUUCUAUGUUAUUCUGGGAGAACAUAACUUCGUCACGACGACCUACAAACGAGCUGUCAAGGAACGAUUAGUUAAAAGAGACUAUCGUUGGAAUCUCGUUGUAACGGACUACGAAACUUUGGACCCAGCGCAGUUAGUUUUGCCCACUGUUCUGCUUCAGCUAGAUUCUGCUGAAUGCUGCAAGCUACUUGGUGUGAGCGAGUGUACUUGCUCCUCAAAUAUGCAGAGAAAACAGCACGUUUUGAACAAUCUCAUUAAAUACGUAACCGAAACGUUUAUUAAACUUGAUAAUGAUGAAACGCCUAAAAUACUAUGCGACGAUCUACAGAGUGAAAACGGUACGAGAGAUCAGUUGUACAAGAUGUUUCUAGAUGAAAAUCCAAAUAAUGAAAGUUUAUUCUACUGGAAUAAUGAUGAAUCCGGUCUCUACCUCAGGUCACGAUUUAUCCUUUCAACACACAAGGAAGACAAAGGUCUGCAAAAGAUAGCGGAAUGGCCAGCUACAGAGGAGUUUAGGCUUCUUCCAGGAGUUGAGUUGGAACCUUUGAGGAAUUUCUUCAGGAUUGGAACGUAUCCUGCAGUGCCUUGGACCUUACAGAAGCUAGAUCCUGAAACCGGUCAACCCAUGUACACUGAAGAAGGCGAGCCAGUGUAUUAUGGCUAUUGCGUCGACCUGAUUGAAAAAAUUGCUGAGGCAAUGGGGUUUGACUAUGAGAUUAUAACUCCAAAAGUUGGUGACUUUGGCAAGCGCCUCUCGAACGGCACUUGGGACGGUGUUGUCGGCGAUCUUAUGACUGGGGAGACAGAUAUGGCUAUAGCUGCGCUAACAAUGACGGCGGAGAGAGAGGAAGUUAUAGAUUUUGUGGCUCCGUACUUCGAGCAAACUGGUAUUCUUAUUGUAAUCCGCAAGCCGAUCCGCAAGACAUCACUCUUCAAGUUCAUGACAGUCCUGCGAACGGAGGUCUGGCUCAGCAUUGUCGCAGCGCUGCUGCUCACCGGCUUCAUGAUCUGGCUGCUGGAGAAAUACUCUCCGUAUUCCGCUAGAAACAACCCGGACGCCUACCCAUAUCCUUGCAGAGAGUUUACAUUAAAAGAGAGUUUUUGGUUCGCCCUCACAUCAUUCACGCCGCAAGGUGGGGGCGAAGCGCCCAAAGCGCUGUCAGGUCGAACGCUGGUCGCCGCGUAUUGGCUGUUUGUAGUUUUGAUGCUGGCAACAUUUACCGCGAAUUUGGCGGCAUUUUUGACAGUUGAAAGGAUGCAGACACCUGUAUCAUCACUAGAACAGCUAGCGAGGCAGUCUCGUAUUAACUACACGGUAGUGGAAGGAUCCACGGUACAUCAAUAUUUCAUCAACAUGAAGUUUGCUGAAGAUACUCUUUACAGAGUUUGGAAGGAGAUAACGCUUAACGCGACAUCUGAUCAGGCGCAGUACCGGGUGUGGGAUUAUCCGAUAAGAGAGCAAUAUGGACAUAUCUUAUUGGCCAUCAACGCUUCAGGUCCAGUACCAGACGCUCUAACAGGCUUCCAGCAAGUGAACGAGCACACUGAAGCGGAUUUCGCGUUUAUACACGAUUCGGCAGAAGUCAAGUACGAAAUAACUCGCAACUGCAACUUGACCGAAGUUGGUGAGGUUUUUGCUGAACAGCCGUAUGCUAUAGCUGUGCAGCAAGGGUCUCGUCUCCAGGAAGACCUGUCCAGGACCCUGCUGGACCUGCAAAAGGAGAGGUUCCUAGAACAGCUGGCAUCUAAAUAUUGGAAUGAAACUGCCCGACAAUCGUGCCCCGAUGCAGACGAAUCUGAAGGAAUAACCUUGGAAAGUUUGGGCGGCGUAUUCAUAGCGACCCUAUUCGGCCUAGGUCUUGCCAUGUUAACACUAGCCUGGGAAGUAUUCUACUACAAGCGUAAAGAGAAGAAUAAAAUACAAGCGCUAGAUGCCAACUUGGAAAAAGUGGCAUUACCCGAGACGAAAACAUUGCCGAGGAAAAUCAAAGAUGGCGUCAGUAAAUUGCGGAAGAGGAAAAAGGGAACUGUCAAAACUGUCACAAUCGGUGACAGUUUUAAACCGGCCAAGGGCGUAUCGUAUAUAAGUGUAUAUCCGAAGAAUAUGGAUUAUAGACCGUAAUUGUGUAGAUUUGGAGUUCAUAUUGUAGCAUAGGAGUUUCGUUUAUUAGUACAUAU